AUGAGGCAUCCAUACUCGGAAUCGGCCCUUCGGCACGAUAACGGAGGGGUCUGGAGUGACCUGAUUGAUAAGAAUCAAACUUUCCCUUCCUCCUCCUUUAACCCCAGCCGAUCGAUCUAUCAUGACCCAAUUGGAGACUCCUCCCAGCCCAAACGGGUCUGGGCCUCCCUGAUCACCAACCUUAGCUACCUCCCGGGCCUUCUAACACUGUACCACUCGCUCUACCACCCUAGCCCCUCCAGCUCACCCCCAGCAACAUCCACCACGGACACGCCCCCAGACUCGGGAUCGCGCUACCCUUUCGUCGCACUAUACACCGACAAAUUCCCCGCCGAAGGCCUCCAAGCACUGGCGGCGCGGGGGAUCCCCGCCAAAAAGGUCCCCAGCGUCGCGCCGCGCAGCACAAAGGACUAUGCGCAGGACCCGCGGUUUGCGGAGACGUGGACGAAGGUGGUUGCCUUUUCGCUGACGGAGUAUGAGCGCGUGGUCUUGCUGGAUGGGGAUAUUUUGGUGCGUCGGAAUAUGGACGAAUUGAUGGAGCUAGAGCUGGACGAUAGAGACACGUUAGAGAGCGGCGCUGGAAAGAAGGCGUUUGCUGCGGCGCAUGCUUGUGCUUGCAAUCCUCUGCGGAAGGCGCAUUACCCUGCUCAUUGGAUCCCCCAGAACUGCGCCUACACAACCCAACACUCGACCCCCAGCAUCGCGCAAACCAGCGCACCACCACCCUCCUCCGGAGUAGGCAUGCUAAACAGUGGCGUGUUGGUGAUAACGCCCUCCGCGCAUAUCUACGCAGAGAUCACAACCGCACUCCAAGACAUCCCGCGGAUCUCGCGCUAUGAUUUCCCAGACCAGGAGCUACUCUCCGAUGUCCUGAAAGACCGCUGGGUGGCAUUGCCGUACGUCUACAAUGCGCUGAAGACGCUGCGGCCGGAGUCCGUGCAUGGAGCCAUUUGGCGGGAUGAGGAAGUGAAGGCUGUACAUUAUAUUUUUGCAGUUAAACCUUGGCACGAGGGGGUUACGCAGCAGGACGAGGAACAAGGGAUUGGGAAAUGGAAGGAGUUGGAUGAGACGAAUAGGUGGUGGUGGAGGGCGAAUUUGGAGCGGAUGAGAAGGGAGAGGGAGAGGGGCGUGGUGGAUGCUUUUUCUUCUUGA